GACAGCUGACACAGUAUUGUUUUUAAUUCAUUUAUUAUAACCUAAAAGAACAAUAUAAUAACUUUUUUUAUAUUAUAAUUAUUGGAUUAAGUUAAAUCUAAGUUGAAUCUAAAUUAAACAUGUUCUCCUUUUGUAAUAGCAUUAAAAGUUCACAGCUAAAUACAUAUUUAGUUUUACAAGCUCGUUCAAAAUCGAAAACUCAUUGGGCGAAACUAAAAAAGAAAACUGGUCCAAAACACAAAGCUAUGAACCACUUCGACGAAUUUUACGGUUCAGUUUUCGGCGAUAAAUGGGAACCUAUGAGAGAGGCGUUACAGCGACGAUCUAAAUAUGUAGCCGUUGUCAAUAAUUAUGGUGAUGCCGAAGAAACUAUGCAAUACUUAGCUAGUAGAGGUGCACAUUGCCUAAAAACACUCAUGAAUGUCCAACAGGACUUCAACAACCAGUAUCUACCACAAGAACCGGUGGAAAUAAACAAUGAAAAUAAGGGUAACUUUCAAAACUAUAUCAAUCAGCUACAGAGCGAUGAAAUAGCCAAAAUUUAUCCCCAAGGCGAGAUCACGCCUGAGAGAUUGGAAAUCACUGAGGAAAAAAUUUUAAACAGUUCUAAUGAGGAACUAAUUACCGACAAAGAAUUAAACACGAGCUCAAAUCUUAAUGAAGCUAUAGAUCAGGCUGAGAUAGAUGAGUCGAGAUUAAUCCUACCUACAAUGGGACUCUCAUCGGAUGCCUUGUACCAAUAUGUACCGGCCACUAAAAUCAAAGGACUCGAUGAAUGGGUGCCGGAGUCUCUACAUUAUUCAUUCUAUAAUAAUAAUAACACAGAUUUUCCGUUAUUGAUAGAGCCGGAGACGGAGUUUGUGUUUCCGGAACAUUUGAAAGUUAUGACAUAUGAAAAAGAUAGUGAGGCAUAUAAGUUCCCAGAACCGAAAAGGUGUAAAACAGGUGUAUUCAACUAUUAUCCGUUGGACUGCGGCAGUGUGGUGUCAGUGCUGGCGUUGCUGCUUCGAGCUGGUGACCGAGUGCUGGAACUGUGUGCAGCACCUGGGGGGAAGGCUCUCACUACGCUGCAGACGUUACUACCAGAUGUUCUGGUAGCCAACGACGCCUCCAUAUCCAGGUCCAACAGGUUGGUGAGGGUUUUCCGGGACUAUCUGCUGGAUUACGAGACGAACAGCUCUUGGAGCGAACGCGUACGCGUUGUGAGAACAGACGGUCGGAACUACACAGAUGACCAGGGAUUCGAUAAGGUGUUAGUAGAUGUGCCGUGUACAACAGACAGACAUUCCGUGAUGGAAGAUGACAACAAUAUAUUUAGACCGGACAGAGUAAAAGAGAGACUGAGGAUACCAGAACUGCAGUCACAGUUAUUGGUUAACGCCCUCAGGCUGGUGAAACCUGGCGGCGCCGCGGUAUACAGCACGUGUUCCUUAAGCCCCGUACAGAACGACGGUGUCAUCCACGCGGCCCUGACACAGGCCUUUAGAAACCACGGUAUCAUUGCUGCCGUCAAAGAUCUGUCACUGCCGUUCAGAGCUUUAAAUAGCACUCUAUGUCUGGGCGAGGGUUCCGUCAAACCAAAGUACGGUCAACUCAUUAUACCGGACAUAUCAGCUAAUUUCGGGCCCACUUAUGUAUCUAGACUGGUUAGACUUAAAUGAGUAUAUAUGUACAUACAUUUGGGAUUCUAACAAAAUCAUUAAAAAUAUAGUUGUCUUAUAAA